AGACUGACUGAGAAAUUUUUCUUCAUUUUGCAUAUCCUUCGACUCUACGUGAACGGCAAACUAAGAUCGGCAAAAAUGAGUCUCUCUUCCUACAUAUUAAUACUAACUUUUUCUUUGUUUUCUCAAGGUAUUUUACUUUCAGCAUCCAAAUCCAUAAGAAAUUUAGAAGAUGACAUGGUAUUUAAUACAUUUAGGCUGGGGAAAGCCUUUCAGAAGGAAGAUACUGCAGAAAAAUCAGUCGUUGCUCCCUCCCUGGAACAAUAUAAAAAUGAUGAGAGCAGUUUCAUGAACAAUGAAGAAAACAAAAAUUCAAAGAACACAGGCUCCAAACAUAAUCUCUUAAAUCAUGGUCUGCCCCUGAAUCUGGCUAUAAAACCUUAUCUUGCACUAAAAGGAUCUGUAGCUUUCCCAGCUGAGAAUGGAGUUCAGAAUGUUGAAUCAACACAAGAAAAGAGAGAAAUUGGGGAUGAAGAAAACUCAGCUAAAUUUCCCAUAGGAAGGAGAGAUUUUGACAUGCUCAGGUGUAUGCUGGGAAGAGUCUACCGACCUUGUUGGCAAGUCUAAUACCUGUUGGUCCACAUCAUCUUUCAAGAAAACAACAAAAUCAUUUAAAUGCCAGUGGGAGGAAAAGCCCUUAAUGUUACUGUAACUUGUGCAUUAUUUUAAAUGUCUGUUUUAAAAGAAAGCAGUGUUAAGAUAUAUCAUUAAUCUAAAUGAUAUGCUUUUUCUGUGCAUUAAACUUUGUGAAAAUCCUGCAUAA